CAUUCCGCUUCUACUGCAACAGUCUUGCUUGCCCUUUGCACAAGUCUCCUCGAAAUAAAUUCUCACCGGGCUUUCGAUUUUGAAGAACAAAUUCGUCUCCCAAACCUUUCCCAUCUCCUGCACUACAGAUCGGAAAAGCCGAAAGUGAUCAAGUAAGGACUAGCAUCUGAAAGGGCCUUGUUUCUCUUCCUUAUUUUCUAUGUUUUGUUAAUUGUUGAGCUAUAACAAAAGAUGUCUCGGAGAUAUGAUAGCCGCACAACAAUCUUCUCCCCAGAAGGUCGUCUUUACCAAGUUGAGUAUGCAAUGGAGGCCAUUGGAAAUGCUGGCUCUGCAAUCGGACUAUUGUCAAAGGAUGGUGUAGUCUUGGUUGGUGAAAAGAAAGUUACUUCCAAGCUUCUUCAAACCUCUACAUCUACAGAGAAGAUGUACAAGAUUGAUGAUCAUGUUGCUUGUGCUGUGGCGGGAAUAAUGUCUGAUGCUAACAUCCUUAUCAACACUGCAAGGGUGCAAGCACAACGUUACACAUUUGCUUACCAAGAACCAAUGCCUGUUGAGCAGUUAGUCCAAUCUCUUUGUGACACGAAGCAGGGAUACACGCAGUUUGGUGGUCUCCGUCCCUUUGGUGUUUCAUUUCUUUUUGCAGGAUGGGACAAAAAUUAUGGUUUUCAACUUUACAUGAGUGAUCCUAGUGGAAACUACAGUGGAUGGAAAGCUGCAGCUAUCGGUGCCAAUAACCAGGCAGCACAGUCAAUGUUAAAACAAGAUUACAAGGACGAUAUUACAAGGGAAGAAGCUGUCCAACUUGCAUUGAAGGUGUUGAGUAAAACCAUGGACAGCACCAGCCUUACUUGUGAGAAGCUUGAACUGGCUGAGGUUUUUCUUACACCUUCUGGGAGUGUAAAAUAUCAGGUCUUCUCACCCGAGUCUCUGAGUAAGUUGUUAGUCAAGCUUGGAGUGACCCAACCUGCGACUGAGGCUUCCUGAGUUAGUGUCGUUCCAACGAGUUUAUCGUACUCUCUGUUAUGAACUAUAGAACACUUAUUAAAUGUUGAUGUUGUUGCUGCAAUCAGUUUUUCUGAUGGAACAUGAAGUAGUUGCUGUGGAAUAUGAUUUUGUAACAUCCCCGUUUCCUUGGCUAACUAUCAGCUUAGUUAUGGUAUUUCAAUUAA